AUGGUUGUUACUUUAGCUUUAUGGAUUUUAGCGCUAGCGCUACGCAUUAAAAGCAAAGGAAGCGCAAAUUCCAAAACCCCAAAAAUAGCAAAUGCUUUUAAUGUAAAUAAUUUAAGCAUAUUAAAAAAAAUUGCCUUUAAAGGAAAAAAUAAAAAAAAAUGUUUUGGAAUGGGAAAACGAAAAUGGCGGCAGCAAUUAAAAAACUUAAUAAAAGCACAGCCCAAAGCUUUGGCUUCCGCCGCUACAAAACGUUUUGCUAAAACGGGCUUGCUAUGCGAAAGCAAAAAAAAAGGUUGCACCCGCAAUUACUUAAUUACGUACCGAAACUGGUAUAGCAAUUACCCAAAUGGUUUAUUACCAAAAGCCAAAGCAUGGCAAACAAAAUAUAAAUUUCCAUACAUACCAAUACGGUACAAUAAAAACGUAAAAAGCUUGUAUAAACCUUUUAGCAACCCCAACAACCUAAAGUAUAUAAAGAAAUUGGUUGCUAUAUUAAUAGCGUGGGAUUUAAAAGCUUACCGCGCUUUUAAAGUAACAAAGCAAGCGCUUUUUACUGCCAAAAGCAACGAAGCAAGUGCUUUAAUUACAAAAGGUAACGAGCAAAAGCAAGCAAUUGAUAAGCAAAGGAAAACUUCGGGCCCAAUUGGUUUGUUCGUUAAACGAUUAAGGUCGAUUUUAAUUUCGAUAAGUUUGUUAAUUAGUUUGUUUAAAAAAAUAACGAUAAUAACAAUAAGUUUGUUGUUUCCCCCGAUACCCGGAAGCGUAAAGCGGGUAAAAAAACGAAGCUUUUGCUUUAAAAUUAAAAAGUUUAAAAAAAUGGUGGCAUUAAAACCGUAA